AUGCCUGGACAUUUUGGUCAGAAGGUACUCAACACCCUGGGUCUGCAUGGCCACAACAGCCACCAGCAGAAUCCCUCGAGCGUACGGCUUCCAGGCAGACCAGCCGUGAACGACGAUGAACGCGGAUUAUCUUCACCUCCCAACAAAGGCACAUAUCCCCGUCUCUGCAGACUCUCCGACGGCUCCAUCCUCUCGUCUUUUACGCGAUUCCCAGGUGGACAGCGAUCACUUCGCGUUGCGAGAAGUACCGACAAUGGCCGUACAUUCGAGGAUCUGUCCGAGGUAACCCGUGCUUCUGGAGAUGUGGACAACAUGUUCUUGUGCGAGGUGGCCCCAGGUGUCGUACUGGCAGCAUUCCGCAACCAUGACAAGGGUCCACAUGGCCCCACGCACUACCGUAUCACCGUGUGUCGCUCGACGGACGGAGGUCGGAGUUGGCGCUUUGCUUCGCAGGCUGCAGAGAAGCGUCCCCCUCUGGGGAUUUGGGAACCAUUCAUGCGCAUCGGGCGCCAGGGCGAGGUACAGCUGUACUACUCACAAGAGUUUGCACACAACAACCAAUGUACCAUGCAGGUUGUGUCGCGGGAUCAGGGAAGUUCCUGGACUAAACCGACUUGUCUGCAUGGCGACAAGGACCUGCUUCGGGAUGGAAUGAGCGGUAUUGCUCGAACAUUUGAUAACGGUCGCGAGGCUCUUGUUAUGGUAUUUGAGACCACUCGCCAUGGAUCGUUCAGCAUUGAGGCCCUUUUAUCCUAUGACGACGGUGCGACCUGGGGCUGGCGCCACGAAGUCUUCUGCCCUCGACGAGGUCACAACGCGGGAUCUCCUCAGGUUGCCUCAUUUGCGGAUGGAUCAUUGGCUGUGGCUUUCAUGACAGACGACGACUCUGAGCACGUGAGUUGGGUGAAGAAUGCGUCUAUCAAGGUUGUGUUUGCUGGCCCGCCAGUUGAAGGACGUAUCCAAUGGUGUCCGCCAACGCUUGUCUCCCCGGCCUCCAGUUUCUGGCCUGGAAUCAUGGCGUUGGAUCACCACACGGUACUAGUCGCUUAUGAGCGAGGGGGCCUUCUUGCUAAGACCAUCACCUGGCACCCUUGUUAA